CCUCCCUUCUCCCCCGUCCUACAUGUGGUGGUGGUGGUGGAAAAUUUGCCUAUCAUUCGUGGCCCGCGCGGUGGCGCUCCACGUCAGCCGGAGCGGCCCCCACGGCAUGCAGCCCGUCUUCGACGCCUUCAACCACGGCUUCAACAGCACGAGCCACGACCUCCGCUUCCGCGACGUGCGGCGCACGGCCGACAAUGCCCACAUGUUCGUCACCCGGCGGGACAUCGCCGCGGGCGAGGAGAUAUUCAACACUUUCCGGCCAGGAGCUGGGCUCGGGCGCGCGCUCGUCCACAGGAUGGUCGGCCAUGGCUUUUACGUCGACGGUGCCCCCGAGUUCUUCCGGGACUAUGGGUUCAUCGAGAAGCCACCCGUGCUGUGGUGGUUCAACACGUCUAUGCUUGCUGAGGCCAGCUCUGGACGGCCGCCGGCGGGCAAGCAGCUCCGCUGGGUGAUAGAAGACGACGCCGGCAGCGUCUACUGGCCGGAUGCCCACAGCAUGGACUGGGGGGAGUUUGUGAUGGAGGCCCAGAGGGUGCUGAGGGCGCUCGACGACCGCAGCAGGGCCUACGGCGACGCCGGGGUGCGGUGCGCAUCCUACAUCCAUUCAUUGGCCCGUGGGCGUGGCGCCGCGCUGCGGCACCGGCAGCCCGUCCGACCGCCGCGUGCUGCUUGCCCUGCUCUACCGCGCGGCCUUCGAGAGCGCGGUCAGGGCGGCAUUGGCGGCCGCGGAAGUUGCGGCGGCUGGCUGACCAGACGGCUCGGGGGGCGCGCGAGCCCGCCUGGCACCUCAGUGCGAUCGAGGCACCGCUGGGAGCGUGCGGGGCGCGCAGACGAGCUGGUCGCGCAGAGUGCUCCGACAAGCCGGCCUCGGCGGCGGGCUCUCGCCGCGUCGGUGCGGCGGAUGGCCAUGGCUUGGGCGCUCGCACGUUGUAUCGGGGCUCACGUAACGAUGGUCAGUGUUGGCGGAGGCCAGCCACUGCCCUCAAGGUUGACCCAGGUUUCCUGUCGCAAUUCAUGGGGGAUUUGUAUGUAG